UACCGCGGGAAAGACCUGUGUUUAGGUGCUUCGUAAUUCGAUUUUUUUCUUAUUUUCUGUAGAAGUUUUAAAAGUUCAUAACUUGCAUCAACCAUCUACCGGAGAACAGAUGACCACUUCGUCUGUAUCAAAGGGCUGCUUUGUGUUCAAGCCAAGUUCGAAAAAAAAGAAGACUUCCUUAACAGCAAGUGAUUAUUUUCAUGAUGGGAAAGCAGAUUCCCAGAACAGCGAGUCACGGUUUGAAACUUGCCAAUCACUGUGGCAAUGGAUGAAGGCUGAAACCGAGACAGUUCAGGAGGACCUAAACAAAAAGAUCCUGGACGACUUACUGGAGUUUGCGAGGAAAUCCACUGCCAGCUUCCAGUCGAAAACAGACGACUGGGCCUCCCGAAUGAGAGCCAGCGAGAUCCCCACUGCCGCUCUUGUUCUGGGGGUGAAUGUGCCGGACCACGCCAUGACCUUCCAGAGCUUGUCAGCACUCCUCCAGGAGUCUGUUACCCCCUAUGUGGUCUGCUUGCAGUCGAAGGAGUGCUCGGCUCUGAAGCAGGUCCUGCAGAAGGUGCUGGUGCAGCUGAUAGGCCGCAGUGUGUCUAUGGACGAUGACGAUGAUGAGGAGGACCAGCUCGACCCACGCGCUGCGGGAAUCCCUUCCAGGAAGAUGCUCUGCUCCAUGGCCACGCUCUGUGGCUGGUACACAGCUGUUACACAGAAAUCUGCUUCCCCUUCUCCAGGGAAGAAGCGUCACUCCUCCAGUAAGGGUUGUGGACAGCGCCCUCCAGUGGUGGUGAUUUUUAAAGACCUGGAGAGCUUCACCCCCAGAGUACUGCAGGAGUUCAUAGUGAUCAGCAGUCGGUACAUUCAGCAGCUUCCCCUUAUUUUCAUCUUUGGGAUUGCAACGUCUCCGAUCACCAUCCAUGGAAUGCUUCCUCACUCGGUCUCCUCCCUGCUCUGCAUCCAGCUCUUCCAGUCCCUCUCCUGCACACAGCACCUGGCCACUGUCAUUGACAAGCUGGUGUUGACCACAAAAUUCCCAUUCAAGCUGAGUGGGAAGGUGCUGCAGGUCCUUACCAGUAUCUUCCUGUACCAUGACUUCUCAGUAAGGAACUUCAUUAAAGGGCUUCAGCUGUCUCUGCUGGAUCACUUCUACAGCCAGCCUCUCAGCAUGCUGUGCUGUGACAAACGAGAGGCCAGGUCACGUGCGAAGGAGCUGAGCCACGAGGACUGCGAAAACAUCCGGCAGCUUCCAUCCUUCAUGAGGUAUGUUGAGAAACAGGAGCCAGAAACCCAAGUUAUGCUGCUGACCAGUGAUCAACAUGUAAAGGAUGUGACCCAGAGUUUGCUGAAAGAUCUUCACGCUUACCACAAAAAAUACUAUCCUGUUCUGAGAUGCCUACAUGCACUGACGUCUUCCCUUCCCAAAUAUCCCCUGGGCAAACAGAUCAGAGAGCUGCAUGGGAUUUGCCUGGAGAAGAAUGUGUGGGAAACUGAAGAGUAUGAAUCUGCAUUUCAGUUACUGAGGAUGCUGGCCAAAGAUGAGCUGGUGGCAGCCUUGCACACAUGUACCGACAUUUUAAAAUGUGCCAAGAAGCUGGGCGAUGUUGUAGAAAAACUGGAUGAGUUCAUUGAAAGAUUUGAGCAGUUGGACAGGUGCUCUGCUGUGGUUGAGACAGGGCAGGAGGGAGAGAAAGAGCUCUCACCACAGAAGGGUCUUCAGAAGAAGACUGAUCUGUUUCAACUUCGGAAGACUUUGUUGGAGAAAGAGACCAGAAGAACCAAGAAACUGAGCAAGUUUGAGCUGCUGAGGCUUGCUGCCCUGGAUUGUAUUGACAGCCUUGUCAAGAAGCAUCUUCUGCCUCCCGAGUCUCAGCCCCUGCAUGAGGUUUUCUAUUACAGUUCAGCCAGUACCCUGCGCAGACACUUAAACGCUGCGCCCCGCACUGCCAUCCAGACCGCCCUCAACAACCCCUAUUGCUACCUCCAGAGUGAAGCACUGAAGAGUGAAGGAGGAGCCAUUUCAAACGCAGCUCCAGAUAUCUGUAUUGUCUAUAAGCUGCACCUGGAGUGUGGGAGGCUCAUCAACCUGUAUGACUGGCUGGAGGCCUAUGCCACUGUUGUUGCUGCUGCUGAAGGCAAGAACCCUGAUUCAUCUGCUGCUGCCCAGUUAGAUGGUGUCAAACACGCUCGUUUUAUUAGAGCCGUUUCAGAGCUGGAGUUUCUGGGCUUCGUAAAACCAACCAAGCAGAAGACUGACCACGUGGCUCGCCUGACCUGGGGAGGCUGCUGAGCUUUACCCCUGCAGCAAACUUGUGAGGAACGACGCUGUGAAAGACCAAAACACACACACCAAAAAAAGAUGCAUUGUGUAUUUUGAUACUUUUCUACGAGUUGGCCUUGUAGUAAAAAUGCCUUUGUCUGCUUCAUGUGUUUUGUUUUAUAACUAUUGAAUUUAAAAUAGUACUAACAAAUUACGGUCUCCAUAUUCGUCGAUGUCAGUGCUACUAAAAAUAAAAUGAGACAAACAAGAAGUCCUUGUCAGUGUCACCUCUGUCCACAGUCAUGUGUUAAUAUUCUUAACAGGUCUUUGCAGACAUGUACAAUACACUAUGAAAGCUAGAGGCUCGUGUAUCUACCAGUGUGUGAAUAAUUGACUGGAGAAUGGCACGUAGCUUGAGCAUACCACACAAAAGUGGUCAGGGUUAUUGUUUUCUAUGUAUGAUACUGUAUCUAACACUGAAGACCCCAAACAUAUUUGUCAU